CCUCGCUGUGGCUGCACGUCGCGCGUAUCUCGCCAGUCGUGCUGAUAACCAGUGAUCUCCUGUGCUGUGACACUAGUGAUUGACCGAUAACCUGCUACAGCUGGAACGUGCCUUCGACAGCCGAUUGAUUAUAAAGUUCGUGUGUCAUAGAAUGGUGAUUGUGCAGUGAGAAGCCAGGAUGUUCGGGGGCAGCGGCGGCGCGCACAGCGGCGCGUAUGGCGGCAGCAGCGGCGACUGCGCCGAGGGCUACGGGCUUGGAUACGUCGCCAGCGGGCCGCGAUUGCAGCAGUACGCGCACUUCGCGCCGCACCAGACCUGGCAUCACCACCACGCGGCGCACCACGACUCCUAUGCUGGAGGAGGUGGCGUGGGUGGAGUCGGCUCUGUGGCCGGAGGUCUCUACUCCCAGAAUGUGAUGAUGGGGUCCUGGUGCCCUCCCUACGAUGCAUUGCAGCGCCCGCCUGCUUAUGAUGGCGUGCUGGAGGCGUAUGAGGAGGGCAGAGAGUGCGUCAACUGCGGCGCCAACAACACUCCGCUCUGGCGGCGCGACUCCACCGGCCACUACCUGUGCAACGCCUGCGGGCUCUACCACAAGAUCAACGGCGUGAACCGGCCGCUCGUGAAGCCGAGCAAACGGCUGUCAGCCGCACGGCGACACGGCCAGUGCUGUACCAACUGCGGCUCGCGCAACACGACGCUGUGGCGACGCAACAACGACGGCGAACCCGUCUGCAACGCCUGCGGAUUGUAUUACAAACUGCACGGAAUUAACAGACCACUCGCGAUGAGAAAAGAUGGAAUCCAGACCAGAAAACGUAAACCGAAGAAGGCGGCGAACAGCGGCAAACCCAACCCAGACGCUAGCAAGAAGGAUGGACAUAGCUCCCCAGGCGUUGAUGCAGACAGCAAGUCGAGCAUGUCCGAUGUGGCGUUGCCGUUGACGCCAUCGAUGUCGACCCACGGCGCGCAAAAGCACGCGCGGGAAUCGCUCGCCACGCCCGAGAGCUCGCCGCACGCGCAUGCGCACGCCCACACGCACGCGCACGCCAAUACGCACGCGAACACGCAUGCGCAACACCAGCAGUACCCGUUGGCGCUGCCGGCCGCGCCGUUCCUCUCCAACCCGUCGCUGUUUAAUAUCAAGAGCGAGCCGAGCGCCGCCAAUGGUUAUGACUACCCGCCGCACUCUGCCUCACAUUACCACUCACAGCAACACUACCUACACUCGUUACAGUACGGAGUGGGUAACGGCGAGGAGGAGGAAGGCAGUGGGUUUCUGCACCAACGCAACGUGACAGCGCACGCCAAACUCAUGGCGUCUACGUAGCGCCAACAGCAGCGCUCGCACUGACAAGGCGCUGACGUGGCACGUCAGUGAGGCAGUAUUGCUUGCCGGCCACUCGGACACACAUUACUUCUCAGUGCCAUUGCACUAGCUUCAACAAGGCAAAGAUCAUCGUCAUUGUUUGCACGGUGUAGAUAUUCGCGUUUAAUGACGAAAAUGAGUGACCGGUUGACGACGGAUGUAUUUAAGGAUAUUCUGGAUUUCUUUUUCCUUUAAAAUAUUUAAACACUUUUUAUAAAUUAUUUCUUAAACUAAAGCAAUGAUGGUCACAACUUAGCACGCUAUGCCCUGUCUGCAGGGUGACCACGAUUUCAUAUUUAAAAUAUUUAGUUAUUAACACAAAUAUCAUAAUUUAUUGUCAUAUAUCCGUCGAUCAACCAGUACAAACACGGUGUGCUCGAGUGUAUUUGAACAAUUAAAUAGUCCAGAUAGCCAUGUGAGACGUCGGAACUUUUAUGUGUAUAAGAUAAUGCGAUCGAUACGAACGACGCAAAAGGAUAUCGAUAGUGCUUCUCGGAGGAUACAAUAAACUCACAAUGAAUCUCGCGUAAUGGACGCGUUCCGAAAUCUUUUAUCCAAUUAAAUAAUUAUCAUUUUAAUUUACGAUGUACAAAUAAUUGGACGUGCCUAUACGUUUUACACACGUUCUUUCUUUUCGGACGUGUAUGGACGGUUUAAAUAGUCCAUAGUAACUAACUUGACGCAUCGGUAAUGUUGGGAUUAAAGUCCGAAUAUAGGUACAUAAUAAUAUUGUGCAGUAAUUAAAUAGUAAAUAUACUUAGCAAAACAAUAGAAAGUAAAGUAUAACCUUUUGAUUCUUCGGAAAUACGAUCUUUGCCGAUUCGUCAACUUAGUCAUGUUGGACUAAAUAAUUGAAUCUCAUUGUUAUUUUUUUCACUAUUAUCUGGUAAAAAAAUAUUCGUGAGAGUUUAUGCAAGCAAAUUAUGGAAAAGUGAAAAAAUUAUUAUGUUAUUAUUAUGUUGACUUACUGCGGACAUGGAGCGUCAUAACACUAUGACCGAAUCGAACAUAAGUGACGUCGUAGAUAUUACUAUGCAAAUUACGGACUUCGCUCGGAUAUGCAAAGAAUAAGUAUUGUAUGAAAAUAAACAACCGAAGAUAUGCGACCACGGUUAGUAUAAAUAAUGCCGUUGUGGCAGGAUCCUAAUGUCCGUUUUGUCUCGUAGUUCAAGAGUUGAUUUUUAAACAGAUCUUAUGUUUACCGAGGUAGACUAAAUAGUACUUAAUUUUUAUCAGCAGUCAAAAAUUGACAAAUUAGAAAUUCGUGUAAACCAAUGAUCAAACAUUUGAAAUUGUAUGUUUUGGACAUUUAAUAAUCAGUAAACAAUUUGGUUUUUAAAUAGAUUUAAUAGAACAGAACUCUAACAAUUUAGUUCAGAUAUUUUAAUUUCAAUACCGCUUUAUAGUAAGCCUAUAAUAGGCCUCAGCAUGUCCAUACCACCGUAUUGUAAUUGUAUAAAUAUCCACAUUCACCAACUUUUUUAUAGACCGACGUCGUAUCACGUCAUUACAAUAAAUAUUGACCACUAGAGAUCCUUUUAUAUUUAGCAAAGAUUGCUGACAAACAUUGAGUUGGACUUGCAACAUCCAUGGCUGCGAAGGCAAAAACAUAAAAAAAUAUACCUAAGUCUUAUUAAAAGACAAAUGUUUAGUGCGUAAUGGAAUCUCAAUAGUCAGUAAGGUGUACAAAAACAGUUCGCUCCAUUUCAUUAUAUUGUCUUAGGACGUGUAUUGACGUCGUAAUGACAGGAGCGAUAUUCUCUUGUAUAUAUAGCUUAAGCAUAGAUUUAUAUUCAACAGUAUCCACAUUAUGUCAAAAUUUAAAAUCCACGCGGAAUAUUAAAACAUAAAGUUUUUGAGACCAAAUGUUAAAUCAGUCCACUCUAUUGAAUCAAAUUGGAGUACAAAUUCCUUUUCCUUGGGAGUUAAGAAAUUUAACGAUACCUUGGAAUCUUGUGGAAUCUGUAUAUAUAAAAAUUUCUUACCAACAUACUUUUGCAUAUUUUAAAAUGACAUAAUGCUAGCUAGCUAUUAAGGUUGAAUAAAUGGCAUUUAUAUCAAUAAUGUGUAAAUAUUAGUUGUAAUGAAACAACAGUAUCUAGAACUAUUGAAUAUAUUAAACCCUGCACAAAAUCACAUUUCUUCAUUGGUAAUGUACACGAUACCAUAUUCCUUAUCAACAUGCUCUCUUUUAUGACUGAACUUCGCCGUUUUUCAAUUGAACUUGGAAUGUAAAUAAACUUAUCUGCUUAUAGCAUUUGGUUCACAUAAUUUUAAAGUCACAAAUAAUGUGUUUUCCCACCUAUAAAUUAUUCAAGAAAUUAAAAUCUUGAAAAAAAAGGAUAAUUAGUAGAAUGUUUAUUUACAUUGGCAAGUUCUGAUAAAUACUAUAAACCUUACUAAUAAACACUGUACAUGUAUGGCAUAGUUAUACAAUUUGUCUCGCUUCCUCUUACAGUAAAUGUUAUACAACAAAGCAAGACAAUAAAUAACUAUUACAGCCACAAUGUUUAUUAGGCGGUUAGAAUCUAUUUGUAAAUAUAACAUUUAAUAAGGAAAACGUAUCGCCAACUAUAUUAAAGCUAUGUACAAAAGUGUAACAGAUUCUAAAUACAUAAGCAAAGCACA